AUGGAUUCUUUGAUAUUAGCAAAUAAUCCAUCAGUCAAAGCACACAUUUGUACAAUUGAUAUCCAGAAUAAAGAUGGAAUAGAUGAAAAGGCUGGUUUAGUAAUUGGGUUUGAUCCAUUAGAAAAAAUUUCUCAAAAGGGAAUGAAUAGUCAUAGAUAUGGUAAUACUGUUGUAUAUGCAGCUAUAAAAUUUGCAAUAGAAGAAACCACAAAGUAUAUUAUUUAUAUACUAUUUAUUUUAAAAGGAAGAGUUGUUGAGGCAGGAUUUGCAUUAGUUAGAACUCGAGCUGAAUGUAAUAAUUUAUAUUGCUGCAAGACAAAAGAUGUUGUAAUGUCAAUUUUGGAAGCUCUACAAAUGCUCAAGCUGAUAUUGCAACUAUCCAUAGAUCAAAAUAAUGAAUCUAAUCUUAUGGGUUCAUUGGGUGAUCGAUAA